CUCCUAACUCCGGUUUUCCGGGCACCUUUCGCCGCAGUCCUGCAGACGUUUGCCUCGAAUCUCACUCAAGGCGUCCUCUCGGAUGCCUUGUCUCUCGUCGGCACGGAAGCCGGGGACGGGUCUUUGGGACUCCGGGAUCCCCCAGCAUCGAAAUUCGUCGCCCCAAUCCCCACCAGGCAUCAGCACACCCCGAAUUACAACACGGCCGUCACCGCAGCGACAGUGGUGCGGCACGCUCUGCCAAGCUACCUCUCGGGCAUCGUAUCGGAUCAGGUCUUGAAAGGCGGAUUGGUGGAGGGCACGGACAGCCCCGAGAGCGGCUACGGCUCGGCCGGAUCCACAGCCUUGACGGGGAGCGGAGGCGGUCGGCACGCGCGGUCGGCCACCGUAUUCCUGUUUCCCGAGCCGGAGCCGGGCAGCCAGACGGGCGGUGCGGGUCGUUCGGGGACCGAGCACCACUGGCAGCCGCAUCACCUCGUCGAGAUGGACGUCCUGGACGAGGCCCUGGAGAUCGAGAGGGUGCGGCGAGUCGAGUUUGACCCGGACAAGUGUGCAAAGGACAUUCCAAUGACAUCACUCUGAGUUGGUGCUAGAGGAUGUACCAUGUCCAUCGACAAGUGUCAACAGUGCGAGAACCUGGUCGAUUUAGGGUGAUGUUGCCUUCCAAGGACGUUAGCACAAUUUACAUUUUGGGAUUCAUGGUUUUGCCAAGCUUCCCAGGAUUCAAAGUGCACCAGAAGCAAAUCUGCUCCGAACCAAAUUUGAUCAGACGUAAUGUGGGCUUACAGUACUAGUUCAGCUUUGUUGCUUGGUAAUGGCUGUGGAGGAUAUUCAGAAUACUUUAAAUACGAGGAAGUACCCAAAAGUAACCAGAAAAUGUUGUCUCAAACAUAUACUAUAUUCGAGGUUUGAAUUUGGUCUCCUGGUCUUCUUCAAAGUAGUGUGAUCAGUUGUGGAACACUUCAGCAGGCCUUCAGCAAUUUCUUUUAACCUUGUCUAUAUCGUUGAAUUGCUCCCCUUUCAUAGCUUUCUCAUCUGUGGUGAUAAAUUAAAACAUGCAGGGAAGAAGGUCGAGUGCCAUGAUGUUUUGUUCUAGAAACUGCUGGGCAGAUAAGACCAUAGGUAGGGGGGGUUAUCAUGGAACAGCAACUGCUCUCCACUUCUCUGCAAUUGUCUCUGAGCAUGUGAGACACAUAUUAAGCAGACACUAAAUUUAUUUGCGACUUGUUUUAAAAAUUUGCUGGAAUGAACUUCAGACAUAUUGGUGCCUUGAAAAUCUAGUCUGGCGGCCUUUCAACCGUCUUCGUUGAUUGCCUGAGAAAAUAUUUUGGAGCUUGUGUCAUUCCCCCGCUUUCCAAAACUCGGCCAGAUUGUGAUCGAUUUUCAGCCGACAUGUCGCCUUUCUUUGAAAUGAGAAAACCACUUGUAGAUCUGCGUUACGCCUAAAGCGUCGUCCUGAAAGGCUUUUCCAAAACAUAUCGGCCAUUCCAGCUGCUCUUCAAAAGAAAGCAAAAUUUCCUCUGCAAUCUGUUUCUUGUGGUCAGACAUCACAGAAUUGUUUAAUGUUGCCUGUACGCAUAGAGAGAAAACAGUUGAGAUGAUCCAGUCCACCUAGAGCUGCAGAACUUGCCAGACUGACAUGAAAAACUGUUUUCUAGCGAUACUUGGUGUCAUUAUUUGGGACUGCACAGCAUACGCACAAAACAUUAAAAUUCCAGCUACUUUUGGGUACCCCCUUGUAUAAAGUAAGGUUGAUAGUGUCUAAAUCAAGGUUCACUAGUCUUUAUUUUUUAGAAAUUUGGACAAUGUGUAUGGUAGAGUUUCAGCACUAUAGAUGUUUAUUGUGCAAUGUUUACAUUAUUAUUUAUUUGCCUCACUGGUGCACCCUUGCCGUGAGGGAUAUUUUAUUGCUGAACAUUGGUGCUGAUAUUUUUUCUUUAUAUAAUAGUUUUGUGUGCGUCAUUCAUGCAGGAAGAUACGCAAAGGUUUUUGUGUAGAUGGUUUGUGCAGAUUUUAUAUGCGCAUGCCAUUUUUUUUGGUUUUUUAAGCUUUUACUGUGGUAAUCUAGUCCCCAAGGUUUUAUUUGGGAAACAGGUUUUUUCUAUCUUUCUCGCUUGUUUAUACUCAAGAACCAUUUUUCAUAUUUUAUUUUGUUUUAAAGAGCAUUUUAGUCAAGCUUGCACAUAACAUUUUUCCAGCCGUGUUGGCACAUUUUUUUUUAGCUUUUAAUGGGCAAACUGUUACUAUAUGAGAUUCAAGGAAAGAGAGAGAGUAAAUGCAAAAUCUCUAACCAAAGUGUUCACAGCAAUGAACAAAUACAUUGCUGCUCAACAACAAAGGCAAGAGAGUAGCGAGUCUGUGUCCCGAGUGAAAUGUCCCUGUCUAGUACAAAACUCAACAGUGCCAAGAGAAAUAUUAUACACAUGCUUGCUAGAACCUCAACUGAAAAUAUAUAAUCUACUUCAUCACUGUGGGUGAAAUGCUUUGAAGGCUCCAAGUCCCAGUUUGUACGCAAGGUCUGUCCUACUGAGUGAAUUGCAUAUUCUGCCUACUUUAUUUGCAAGGUAAAUUAUUUUAUAUGUUAAGUACAAUUCUAGAAAUCAUUUGAAGGGGUCAUGAAAUGAUUUCAACAUUGAAGGACCCUGAACUUUAUUCGGUUUAUUUUGAUUAUGUUGUGGCAUAAAUGAGAAGACAUGUCGCCCUCCAUUGGAAUAUUGCGAUUCCGCUGCAUUGUCGUCAAACUAUGUAGUGCUCGCCUCGAAACUACAUUUUGUGACGUGCUCGCCAGGAUAGAUUGUAGCAAAUUAGCAAUUUAUGCAAUUACUUUCUCAAUUUUAAGUUGUACUUCCAGGGGUCAGGACAUGCAAAAAAUUAAUAUCUGAGAUAGCUAUGUCAUUAGAAUCUAUUAGAUGGAACUUUAUUUGUGCUGAUUUUUUACAGCGGAGCUGUUAAGGGCUAGUUUCCCCAGGAUUGCGUCACCCGCAAAGAAAUGUCGACACAAAACUCUGGACAGCUACCGCCACCUAUGAGCGACAGCGGCAACCAGACAAUCGACUUGCUGGCUUUGCUCAUAGAUGGCGACAACCUUUCCAGCUUUUCCACUCUGGUUUUCACCACAGUGGAAAGGCUGAAUUUCUCUAGGCAUCGUCCUCAAGGUCUUCCUAGGAGUCGUCUUUGAAGUCGUCCUAAACGUUGUCCUUGAGGUUGUCCUCGAGGUCAUCCUAGAAGUUGUCCUUCAGGUCAUCCUUGAUGUCGUCCGAGAGGUUGUCCUCGAGGUCGUCCUAGAAGUCAUUCUUGAGGUCGUCUUAGAUGUCGUCCUCGAGGUCGUCCCAGAAGUCGUCCUUGAGGUUGUCCUAGACGUUCUCUUCUAAAUCGUCCUAGAAGUCGUCCUUGAAGUCGUCCUAGACGUCGUCUUUGAGGUUGUCCUAGGCGUCGUCCUUGAGUUCGUCUAGAUGCCGUCCCUGAGGUAGUUUUCUAGACGUCGUCCUUGAGGUCGUCCUAGACGUCAUCUUUAGGCAUUGCCCUUGAGGUCGUCCAGGAAGUCGUCCUUGAGGUCGUCUGACCAUAGUACAGCUUCGCUGGCUUUCCUUCUUCACCAGAGUGGAAAGGCUGAAAGUUUUUUAUUGUGGGUAAAUUCAAUUUAAUCAAGGGACCCUUGAGUCCGCCCACUGAGAAAUGCUGCCAUGUUUGAAAGGUUGGUGACAUAAUAUGCUUUGUUUCCCUAUAUAUCACACAUGUAUCUGCCAAUGUUCCUAGCGGCACAAUUCUCACCAUUCUGUUGCAUGUGCCUGCGAACUCUCUCGGCGCUUGAGCUGCCUUGGCCUUCAGCUCCCUCAUUUUCCCCCUGCGCUUCGAGUCGGUGCAGUCUGUGUCAUUACUCACGUCUUGUUUUGGCAGACUAGGAGCAAGGAACAGGAGGCAAGGGAAUGAGAGUUAGCAUGCGAGCGUGGCGAACGUGAAUAAGCCAAGAAUGGAGAGCGUUCAGUAUGUGUUUACACUCACGUGGUUCAUAGACACCAUGUGGGCAGGUUACGUCGGAAUUCAGUCGGGGUUGCCUGGUCUCUGCUUGCAAAUGAUUGGCAUUAGAAAAUAAUUCUUUUAAUUGCUAGAGCUCUAAAAACUGCAAAACUUGGUCUGUAUAUUAAGUAACUUGAGCAUAUAAUAUCAAGAGUAAUUUCCUUGUUUAAUUUUUGUGUCCUGACUUUUUUAAGCUUAUUGUUUGGGCAUAAAAAUAAAUGCUACAAGAAUUUCAUAUGAUUAGCAAAAUUUUAUGAAAGGAGAGAUUCAAUUGGGCCAUCUACCCACGUUUAACAAAACUGUUUCCUCUGCCCGGGUCAGUGUUGACAGAAAUCUGGAUCCGUGGCACGCUAAGCCUGCCGCGAUCCUGCUCACCAGAGAAUAGAGGUAACUAGGAGAACACAUGAAUUGGAGUGAAGGGGGGAAGAGAGGAGAGGAGAGGGGGGGGGAGCCAGGGUGACCACCCGUCCCGCGACUCGCGGGACUGCCCCGCAUUGAGGGCUCGUGUCCCGCGUCCCGCAAGAAAUACCAAAAUCUUUAAAAUGUCCCGCAUUUCACAUUGUCGUAGCAUUCGACCACGCAAAUUAUGGCGCUUCCGAAGAAUGGGCCACGGGGUUGCGCGGAGGUCGCUGAUAAACGUGUGAAUCUUGGUGGUAUGCAAUUUUCUAUACAAGCCCUGCGGGAAGCGACCGUUGUUCUUGCAAGAGUUGGACGCGCAUGUGCCGUUGUGCCUCUACCUUUAAUGGCAAAAUAUUGCGAGCGAAAAUUGCUCUCUAAAAGUUGAAAAAUGAACUGUUGUAAUUAUUUGCAAAUCAUACUGUGUCAUGCAUAAGGGUUGUUAUGGAAAGCAUUUUUUUUUAGCGAAGACAGCCACACAAGGCAAAGAACCUGCAACUCACACGGGUCGUAAAAACAACAACAUAAGGUUCUAAUUUUGUGCAAGAGCAUGUUAGUAUAAGAGUAUAUAUUAGUAUAUAUAUAUAGUUAGUAUAUAUCGACAGGAAACAAUAAGUCGAAAAAGAUUUAUUGUUUCUUAUUUUCCUUUCAUGUAUUGGGGUCUGCUGCAGUCGAUUUAUAUGUUUUCAACUUAGGCACUCAUAAUAAAAUAUUUGCCGUUACAAUUGCACAAAAAUAUAUCACUGUGAUUGAAAAUUAUUUUAGCUUGAUUGCCGCCACACAAUUUUCAGGUGUAUAAUAUGCUUUCGGACUGCACAGGAUAUCGGGGUGUGCGGGAUGGUUAAUUUUUUUAAUACUCAUUUCUUGAGUCAUGAAAAUACCGUCCUCCCCUAUUCCACCCUACCCUCCCUCCCCGGUCACUGUGUUCUGCAUUUCGCCUGCAGGAAGGUGGUCACCCUAGGGGGAGCCUCAUGCUGUAGUAGCACAAUAUUUGCUAGGGUGCUGAUGCAUGUAGCUCAGAAGACAGUGCAAAAUGUUGAGACGUAUCUCGCACUCCAAUAUCUUGUAUUUUUUACAAAUAGAUGCUAGCACGAUCAAAUAAAGGCGCUUUUCUGUUCUUCAUUUUAUAAGUGAUAGACUAUUAAACCAACUUAAAGUACGUAGGUUCAAAAAUUGUUUCAUGGCCCCUUUAUAUUUUUAUUUAUUUAUGUCAAGUGUUCAAUGAUAGCCACGGCCUUCUUAUUGUUGCACUUUACCAUUUUUAUUUACCGUAUUUAUUCGAAUACAAGGCGAGGUUUUUUUUCCAAAAUCCGUAGUCUCAAAAUCAUACCCCGCCUUAUAUUCGAAGCUCAGUAUAGCAAUAUGACAAUUUUUUUUCUUUUUCUUGGGUCCUUCAACUGCCCCCUCGCCUUAUAGUCGUGACCGCCUUAUAUCCGAAUAAAUACGGUAUGUAAAGUGCUCAAUGACAACCCCGACCUUCUGACAUUAGUCAGACGGCCGUGGCCACACCUGACACUAGAUAGGUUGUGACUUCUAAGUACUGUGUUUUUGAUUUGGAUUUUUGAGAUUUGGCCAAUUCUUUCUAGCCUUCCGUUGAAUUCUAUGUGUAGUAUAUAUCUAGGGCUCUUGGCGUUUUUGAUAAUCUAGGAGGGUUUUUCAGUUCUUUUAAAGGGAAGCUGAAGAGCUUUUCGAAAAAAAUGAGUUAAUGGCUGAUUCUGACGUGUUUGUGCCUGCUGAGUCCAAAUAUCACAACCGUUUGACCAAAAAUAAUCCCUAAAUGCGAAAAAAAGCGAAGAAAUCAGAAGAGAUCGCCGCAGCGGCACGCCAUUGGCUAGUCACGCGUGACGCGCCACUACAUCAUAAAAGGACCAUCUCGAUUCUCGUUUGCUCCGUCGCUUGCGGAUGUAGCCGGGCGCCGGGUCUUUGGCUCUUGUAAAUCGGGUUCGGCUUCCGACUUUUCGAAAUCUUUCGGUGGAUCCGAAAGAGGAAUGUGUCCAGACGACCCUCGACGUGACAGAGUACGCGUUUUAGCCGUUGGCAAAGUAGGAAAAUGACCACUCGCUGUAAUAAACGCAGACAUGAGGAACCGCUUGCGCGGACGCGACAUGGCCGGCUUUGUGCCUUCAGGAACGUACUGACUGCUCCUUAUUGUAACGUAAAACGUUGACAAUAAACAGAGUGCUAUUGACGGGACGUCUCAAGCCAGAUUAGCGUGACUCUCCCCAAAACGGUCGUAAGAGGACAAGAAUUCUGCACGCAUCGGCCUUCGUGCUCGCCAGCUGCUGGACGCGUGAGCGUGCAGGCUGCAUUGUUCAUCAAGGCUGAAGUGGUUUGAAGGCAUAGUAUAAUCAGCUUCGGCGACGGGAGAGCUUCCCCUGAGAUGAGACGGGUGAUAAGACAGGGUCGCCGUUCUGCCACCGCCAUGUCCUUGCGCACUAUGCGAAUAACUGCGCAGAAGGUCCAUCCUUGUGAUAGCGGUACCCUCUGCUGCGCUUAGUUUGUCUGCCACAAACUAUUACGCCAAUAUAGCUUUAGAAAAAGCGGAGAUGUGUGCCCGGCAGCCCUUAAUUUGAUGUCAAAAUCGUGAAAGCUUCCUGGGCCUCUACAUUCGUAUACUUCUACAAAGAUUUGUUAACUGCAUCACACCACCACCAAGCAUUAUCAUCGUCCGAUCGCAUUUCUACGGCAGAAAGAAUUGUUGCAUGACACAAGCUUUAUACAAAAAAUGCUGCCUAACUUGCAAAAAAAAAAAAAAGUCAAUUUAGAACAGAAGGUCAUUUGCUUUGUAUUUUCAAAAAGCUCUUCUGAAGAGAGUAUGAGCCUUUGGGAGGAAAAUUAAACAAAAUUUAUGUUUAUGUUAAAAAAAUAUGUGACCUCAAAUAAUGCAACUGUAAAAAAAAAAAAAAAGUUUAUGCUAAAACAAGUUGCACCGUGAAAGUCACAUUAUGAAUUGCAUGACCACUUAUUAGAGCAAGCCCUCCUCUCGCAAGUGGCUGGGUAGCCGAGUAGAUUAAAAGCAAAAGAAAAUAGUCUUGAGCUACCCAAGAUUGUUUUCUUUUGUUUCCCAGAUUUCCCGGACCGGAGUUGGUCCGGAAAUUAUGGUCACUUCAACAAUCUAAGAAACCAACACUAAAACACUAAUAUAAGGCGGCUAACACAAGAGAGCCAGUGGAAACCCGCUAUUCGGCUAAAUGAUCGCAGCUUUUCUAGCACACUGCACAAUUCUAAUAACGUAAUAGCUUUUUUCUAGAACAGUCGACCUACAAUUCCUACCUAGUUCCGUUUCCUCUUUGCUUGUGCCUUUUAUGCGCUGAAUUGGCUUUUUACCUUCAAAGAUAGUCGGUAGAGCGUCGGGUUCAGGCGAUUGCCUUCUUCACGCCCAAACCCAUACGUACAUAGUUUUCAUAUGCACUGUCCGAAACACGUUUCGAACAAAGAACGGUGUACUUGCUCAAACCCAUCCACCGCUUUAAAAUCUCGGUGACGAAGUGGAAAAGACGGUAAGCGGGAAGAACAACUGCGACGAGCGCUGUUCGUGAAAGCUGGCAGCUACACAUGAGUACGGCAUCGUGCAACAGCACGAGUCAGUUGGUUCGGUGCCACGAGAAUUCUGCAAGCACGUGAACCAACAAGAGAACAAUCAACACGUCAGGCGAUUGAGUCCAUAGCAUGACCGGUCAACGGAUAAAAGCAAGUGCUAUGCAGUGGCAGAACGACGACGGCUCGAAAAGACACUAGAGCAGGCUACGAGGAAAGCGCGGCCGUCCGCGGCGGGGUCCCCCAGCCGGUCCUUUUGUGACACCAACUGACGGGCUUCCUCCUCUCUCCCCUUUCCCUCUGCUUCUGAGAGGCGUGGCUUCGGCGCUACUUUGAAGGCGCUUUUCCGGUUAAUUAGCGCAGAAAAUGACCAAAUGAAUAUGAUAUUUAUGAUGGCUGAGGUCUCAUUAACUGGGCUCAGGUGUUUUUUCUCAAGUUUAAAACAGCUUCAGCUUCCCUUUAAGUUCCAUAAUUAGUUGUAGUAUCUAAUACGCUAUAGUUCACAGCACAGAGGUGUCUGGAACAGAUACAUUGGAGGAGGAACCUUUUGAUAGAAAACUAUUUUAACCUGCUUUCUUAUUUCUUUCCCAGUUUACUUCACAUCCCCCCACUUGACCCUUUCACAUAAAUUCGUUUUAUGCUACGCACCUCUAUUUUUUUCUCUAGCACGAAAUUUCUGGGAGACUUUAGCUUGCAGUGACUUCUCGCAAUGGGGUACAGUUCCUGAAGACAGUGUAUUAAACAAGGGGACGUUUAGCCAGAGUGCUCUUUGUAAGAAAACCUUGACACGACUAUAAUAUCCAAUGUUUCCCAGGUGAAAAUCAGUCCACCUGCAGCUGGAUUACGGAACUGAUCCCUGCUGGAUCCAGCCAGAAAUUGGACAAUCCAGCUGAAUCCAGCCAAGGCCAGUUUCAUAACCCAGCUGCAAGUGGACCGAUUUUCACCUGGGUUGGUUCCGGUUGCUGUGAAAAUCUUUGUUUUGUUCUACUCUGUGUGUUGUUCAAGGUUCGUAAUCUCUCAUUUGUGCAAUUUUCUAUUCUGUUUUUGUGGUUAUUAUGAUGACUUAAGUAGUCAAGGCUGCGGUGAGAGUUUCCUCACAGAAAACUAAUCAGUGAACUUGUGUGAGUAAAAUCAAAAUUAAAAACAAACGAUCUGUUUUAUUUGCUUUUGUCAGCGUAAACUGAAAAUCCAGAAUCCUAGUUAUGACCACUACCAUUAUUUUUGGUGCAAGCCAUAUUUAUUUCUAUAUUGCACUGGUUUAUGUCUAUCAAAUAUUUAUUUUUUAGUAUUAUAAUGCAGAUGAUGGAUACCAAACAGAAGCAGCUGAUUUUUUAGCAGCAGUCAGUCUUUCUGAUUUUUUGUUGCUGCACUGUUUGUGGAUUCAGGGCUGUGUCUGGACUGCAAGAUAGUUUUAUGCUUUCAUAUGUCUAAGUAAAAGUUUUCUUUACUUACCAUUUCUUUGCCUACUAUGGGGUCUAGACGAGGGACAAUACCAGUAUAUGGCAAGCUAUGCACUCAACUUCCAGCUGUGGAUGUGCAAUCUGGGCAUUUCUUUCUCAUUUCCCAAACUAGGAACAAUUAAUUGCUGCUUGCCAAGACAGCUGCUGCCAUUUAUUUUUGCCAGCAUUUGCACUCUACAAAAUGUUAUCUCCAGGGGAAAUGCUGUUAAUGUUGGAUUAUGUUUUGUCAUCUUGCGAGAGUUCUACAUAUACUGUUCUCAGGCAUGUAGGGUAAAGAGAGGUACUGCUUUUGAUUCGUCAUGCUUGUGGGAGAGGCAGACAAGCAGCUUUUUUCUCCAUGUGGGCUGCUCCUGACAUGAAAUACAGCAAUCUAUUUUUAGACAUUGUAUAUAACUUCCAAGUGUUGUCUGUCCAAGAGCACUGCACAAGUCUCUCUGAGCGCUUGCCAAUGCUGGGCUGAAGGUAGUUACUUUAAUUUUUUAUGGAUGGUGAUCAGUGACCAAUAUUAUUUUUACUUUUUAAAUACCUUUAUCAAUUGCUCGCUUAGCUGUACUAGUCAUACAAUUAGAAUAAAAAAUAACAGGCUCCUGGGCUAUGAUCUACAGGAAACAUUUCUGUUGAGUAGGUAUAUUGAUUGAAUGUUAUGGUCAAGCAAAUUUGUCAUUUGCUUUACUAAACACGAAAAUAAAAUAGUGCUGGCUAGCCUUUUUAGAUUUUUAGCUGGGUAAAACACUUAAUGGCAUUCAUGCUUUGUUCACUGGUAUGAAUUCUGAAUUUCUUUAGCCCACUUUUGGCAAGAAUGGGGAGAAAGAUAAGUAUUUCUACCUUUGGUAUGGCACUUUUUCUUCUUCUGACUGCUGUAUACCGAAGACAGUAUUUUUGCACUCUUCCACCACUAGCUCUGCUAGAGAAGAUGCGGUCUUUUGGUAAAUAUGCUGCUGAUAAUUCCACAGGCCAUUAACAGCUCUCAUCGUUUACAAUCUUCGUCUCCCGAUACCCAUCCGAUGCCUUGCAUUUACAAUUGAGUUGUUGUAAUGUGCCUCCUCUACAGCUACGCUUCGCGAAUCCAUUCGACUCUUGGUGUAUCGGUGUUUCUCACUGAACGUGUUCCCAACUUUUCUUUGCCUUUCUUCUAAUCGUACAAGUCUUGUCGUUUCGUGACAUUUUUGUAACGGUUGCCGCUUGCAAGACCCAAAACGGCACCGAUACCAGUGAUAGACGCACCGUGUGCUGUGGUGUUUUGUCAUUGUGUUCAAGGAUACUCAGAAAACCAUCAACCUUAGCCAGGUUCUCAUGCCAUACAAGUGACGUAUAUCACUGCCUAACAUUCUCAGCCACAUUGCCGUGCUAUAUGCACGCUAACCGAAAUGCAAAACUUUCUAAAUGUUAAAUACAGAAGAAAAAAAAAGCAUUUAUUGCAUUUUACUUUGUGAGGUGGAUGAUGCCCAAAGACCGAAGCAAUUUAGUUCAGAGCUUUAUAAUCAGCGUGAAAAAAAGACUAGUGAGAUUUUGAGUGGAUGCAGGUAAUAUACCCAAUCGCCACUUUUAACGCCCUGUAAUACGUGCAUACUAUAUACACUGCAUCGUCGGCCAUUCUGCGUGCAUAAGUGAGUAGCUUCAGGUAGAUGGAGAGUCUUCUUUGGGUUAGCAGACAGGCCAAAUUAGUUUGGCACAAAAUUUAGCCCUACAGAUCGAUGCUCCGGGCAAAGGGCAUCCCAAGAAUCCCAAGUUUAGUGGUCUCGUGCCAUCUCGUGUUUAGAGUAUACAUCUCCCUUGCCAUUGCCAUAAAAAGACACCUGGCACCAUUAUUGAUAAUGUAAUAGAAAAGAAGUCUGGUGCACCAGACUGCUUUGGUUUGAGCCCCUUCUAUAGUUUCGUCGUUCCGAGCCACUAGGAAGCACACUGAACAUGAAUUCGUCUAUUACUCUAUUUGAUCGUGGGACAUUUUGUUAAAUUAAGGCUCACCAAUAUAACUUGAGUAGCCAUGGUUCGCGCGACCGUUUUUCUACUGUACGGGAGUAAAACGAAUUUGAGCAUUUUCCUGAGGUAGUCACUAUUCAGGAUUAUCUGUGGUCUAAUUUGAUGACGUCCAGCGAUUCUUCGCUGGCAUGUCGUAAAUUGUUUCUUAAUAGUAGUUAUUAAAAACAGGUUUUGAGACUGACUAGCGGGCGAUACGUUUUCGUCCAUAGUAGUGCUGUGAGGCAGUGUGCUACUGAAACCAUUGUGUUUACAGACGGUGCUUAGGGUUUGGUGAGACACUUGCAUUCUGAUUGAACCAAAGAAUUAGUUUUACUUUUGGGGUGUUUUGCAGUGUGUUGUCGACAAAUUUUAGAGCGAAAUGAAAGGGGAACCAUGUGUUUAUUUUUUUAAACGUCUCCUAAUAAAAAAAUAUUAAAAAGUGAA